AUGGCGGCGGCGGCGGCUGAGGUCGUGUCGGCGGAGGUGCCCGCACCCGCACCCACGGCGUCGUUCCUGGCCUUGGAGCCGCGGCUGCAGCGCGAGUUCCAGCAGAAGGUGCAGCGGGUCCGCAACAAACGGGCGGCCAAGGAGGAGCUGACGCCGGGCGUGGUGUACGUGGGGCACCUCCCGCGGGGGCUCUGCGAGCCGCAGAUCUACGAGUACUUCGAGCAGUUCGGGACGGUGACGCGGCUCCGGCUCUCGAGGAGUAAGAAGACUGGAGGUAGCAAAGGCUACGGAUUUAUUGAGUUUGAGUCCGAUGAUGUGGCUAAGAUCGUUGCAGACACAAUGAACAACUACCUGUUUUCUGAAAGACUGCUAAAGUGUCAGUUCAUGCCUCCUGAAAGGGUCCAUGAAAACCUCUUCAAAAACAGUAACAGAAUAUUUCUGAAGCCUUCUCAGCCAGCAGUCAGGCGGUACAAUAAGAUACGUUCGCUCGUUCAGAAGGCAAAGAUGACAAAGCGACUGCUACGAAAGGAGAAACUUUUGCGGAAGAGGCUGGCUGAAAAGGGGAUCAAUUAUGACUUCCCGGGAUUUGCUUCGCAGGAGCUUGCCAUAAAAAGAAAAAAAAUUAAAACAUCCAAGAAGUCAAAACUGAAUGUUUCUUUGAGCAGCCAGGAUCCUACUCCAGUUUGUACUCCAGCAGUGCUCGAGCGCCGGAAAGCUUCCCAGGCAGACGAUGACACAGAGGACAAUGAAAUAACUCUCCGACUGCCCCCUGCCAGUGUUAAGAAUGCUGUGCAGAGACCAAAGAAGCAGCCAAGAAAAAGACCAAACCUGAAGAAACAGAAAUAGACUUAAAAUUUUGAUGGCUGUAGCCAUGUUUUUCCUCAACUCAAAAACUGGCGAGGUGGAGCUUCUAGUGGUUCUGCUGCCUUGGCUCAGUUCGUCUUGACUAGACUGUUUCAGUCUUUCCUAGGCAAGGAAUCUAUUCACCAAUCCUUUCCCUCCUGUUUAGCCAUCAGGGGACCUAUGGUCUUCUCUGCCUUUGAAGAUACUCUUGACUUUGUUCUCACAAGUGCCCGUGCUGUGACAUGCCUACAGUCGUGCCAGAACUUCAGUUAAUUCUGUAACUUGUCUCUAGCGCUCACUGUUUUGAAAGAAAAUGUGAGGCUGUCCGUUCAGAACUUGCUGAUGUGGGCUGUAUCUUUUAUAAUUAAUGACUGGUUAUAAAAAAAAAAAUUAACCA